CCCAAACUAAAAAAAUAUGAACAUGAGGCGUUGGUGGGUGAGAAGAUGAUUUGUCGGCUCUUACGAGAACUCGAGGGUUUCUCUCUCUAUUCAAUUCUUCUUCUGUCUGAGUUUUCUUCUUCUUUCUCUCUCUAGAUCGAUCCCUGCAUAUCUUCUAAUUUACCGGUAACGUAUAGGAGAGUAUAUAUAUUUGGGGAAUUCGUUUUUAUAAUUGUGAAAUAGUUUUUAAGGUUCAAUUUAGGUUGCAAAUUGGAGCUGUGUGGAGUUAAUUGAGGUGAAUUUCGCUGAGAAAUUGUAAAUUUAGGGUUAUAUACAAUCCAUGGCAUUUCCUCCAUCUCAACUGGAGGAAGCAGAUGAUGAUUUUUUUGAUAAGCUUGUCGACGAUGAUGAAUUUGGGGUUACGUCAACUACUGUGACAUCUGUUGUUGGUUCUAGCGGUAUGGAUGGUGGUUCAGAUUCUGAUGAGGUGAGAGCAUUUACAAAUUUAAGUAUGGAUGAGGUUCCUAUUGUGUCAGCAGAUACAACUAGUGGUGCUGGAUUUGGGGUUUCCGCAGAAGAGGAAAAGAAAUCAGAGGACGGGGUUGUUGCAUUGUCUUCUGAUGAUAAGACAGAAAAGGGAAGCGUGGAUCAAGAGGAGGGUGUCUCACAUGUCGGUUCCACUUCAGCUGUUCUUGAUAACAAUUUUGAGACUAGUGAUGUGUCGAAGACGGCUGAAGUUUCAUUAGACACGUCAACGAGCAAUAAUAGCGGAUCUAAGAGUACAUGCGUUAAAGAAUUUCAGUGGAGUUCUUUUUAUGCUGAUGGUGAUGAGAAGGGUGGCAGUGGUUUUGGGUCAUACUCGGAUUUAUUAUGCGACGAUCCUUUUGAAAAUAUCGGGAAUAAUACUGGAGUCGAUUCCAACAACUCAGUUGAUCCUUAUGCAGAUAUCGGGAAUAAUGCACUAGUUGAUUCCAACCAUAGAUCUGAAACGGUAGAAAAUGAAGUUUAUGGUUCUACAUCAUCACUAAGUUUCAAGCAGAACAAUGAUGCUAGAACAUAUACAUCAGGAAGUGAACAGACAAAUAAUGAGCAAGAUGCCUACAUUGCCCAACCUGUUCAGUAUCCUGGUUGGGAAUAUGGCGUAAAUACUGGUACAUCAAUUCCUGACUCAACAAUAAAUAACCAAGCAAAUUACGAAGAUACAGCUCAGGCAACAAGUGCUGAUGUUGUUUCAACCCAGUGCUCAGAAGCUUCAUUUUUACAGCAAACGACUCAAUCUGUUGGGGGUACCCUAGACGAGGGUUGUACAACUGGCAGUGUUGCGAACUGGAAUCAGGCUUCCCAGGGAACCAUGGUGUAUCCAGCACAUAUGAUUUUUGAUCCACAAUACCCUGAUUGGUUUUAUGAUAGUAUUGCCAAACAAUGGUACCCGUUAGCAUCUUAUACUCAGGCUAGUCAGUGGGGAUCUUAUGCUCAGGCUGAUCAGUCGGAAUCCUAUAUGCAGGCUGAUCAGUCAGGAUCUUAUACCCAUGCCAGUCAAUCAGGAUCUUAUACCCAUGACGGUCAGUCGGGAUCUUAUACCCAGGACAGUUCUUAUACCCAGGCUAGUCAGGCUGGAUCUUAUACCCAGGCUGGUCAUUUAGAAUCUUAUACCCAGGCUGGUCAGUUGGAAUCGCAUACCCAGGCUGGUCAGUUGGAAAGUUAUACCCAAGCUGGUCAGUCGGGAUCUUAUGAUCAGGCUGGUCAGUCAGAAUCUUAUGGUCUGGCUGCUCAGUCAGAAUCUUAUAGUCAGGCUGGUCAGCCGACACCUUCAACUGAAGACCAGAUAUCUCAAAACGGUAAUGCUUUUGUUUGUAGUUUCACCCCUGUGAGAGACCAAGGGACAUUUAAUGACUACGGAAAAGUUGAAGCCUAUGAAUCGCAAGGUAAUCGAAGUGAAGCCCAUGGUGGUGACCAGCCUGGUAAUUACGUUCAGCAGAAUACCAAUAUGUGGCAACCUAAGACAAUGGUUAAGAGUAAUUCUCUCGCCAGUUACACAGAAAACCAGCAUUCAGAGACUCUAUACAAUUCAAGGGGUUAUUCGAGCAAUUCCCUGGAUCAGCAAAUUAGUUUCAAACCUGUCCUAACUGCUUCAUAUGAGCAGCAACAGACAAGUCAUAGUUAUGGUGGGAAUGAAAGGGUGGGUUCAUUCCCGAGCUUUGUUCCCACUGACACUUUUUCACAUCAGAUGAACCAGCCAAUGUUGGAGCAGAAUAACCAGAUGACUGCUUCACAUGGUUUUUAUGGCAAUCAUAAUAUAGGAAGGUAUUCCCAACAAACCUUUCCUAGUAGCACUCAAACAUCACAUACUCCACAAGAUGGGAGGUCUCCCCAUGGUCGUCCUCCUCAUGCCCUGGUUACUUUUGGUUUUGGUGGAAAACUCGUAGUUGUGAAAGAUAGCGGUGCUCUUGGUUCAAGCACGGCGUAUGCAAGCAAGGACUGCAUAGGAGGUUCCAUUUCAGUUCUUGACUUGAUGGAUACUGUCACCAACAAAAAUGGCGCGUCAAACAUUGAUUUUGGUGGUUCAGGUUAUUUCCGUACUCUGUGCCACCAAUCCUUUCCUGGGCCUCUGGUUGGUGGAAAUAGUGGAAAUAAAGAAUUAAAUACUUGGAUUGAUGAGAGGAUUACGGAGUGUGCAUCAUUGAAUGUGGACUAUAGGAAUGGAGAACUUUUGAGGUUGCUUCUUUCUUUGUUAAAAAUAGCUUGCCAACAUUAUGGUAAACUUCGGUCUCCUUUUGGUUCGGAUCCAUCUUUGAAGGAAAAUGAUCGUCCCGAGUCAGCUGUUGCAAAACUUUUUGCUUCGGCUAAAAGUAGUAGUUCUCAGCUAAGUGGGUACGCCUCCCAAAGGCACUGCUUAACAAAUGUGCCUUCCGAAGGUCAACUGCGGGCAACCGCUGCUGAGGUACAAAACCUUCUUGUUUCUGGUAGAACAAAAGAGGCCCUACAAUGUGCACAGGAAGGUCAGUUGUGGGGACCUGCUCUUAUUCUUGCAGCACAACUUGGUGAUCAGCAUUAUAUUGAAUCCGUGAGACAGAUGGCUCAUUGCCAGUUAGUAGCUGGUUCACCUUUGCGUACAUUGUGCUUGCUAACUGCAGGGCAACCAGCAGAUGUGUUUUCUGCUGAUAGCACGAGUAAAAGCGGUGGUUCACCCGAUGCUUUACAUAUGUCUCAACAGCAUGCACAGGGCGGUGCCAACGGAAUGCUAGAUGACUGGGAAGAGAAUUUGGCCAUCAUUGCUGCAAACAGAACAAAAGGUGAUGAACUUGUAGUACUUCAUCUUGGGGAUUGUCUCUGGAAGGAGAGAGGCGAGAUUACUGCUGCACACAUCUGCUACUUAGUUGCGGAAGCAAACUUCGAGUCGUUUUCUGACAGUGCAAGAUUGUGUCUUAUUGGUGCUGACCACUGGAGAUGCCCUCGAACAUAUGCGAGCCCUGAGGCUAUACAGAGGACAGAAUUCUAUGAAUAUACGACGGUGCUCGGGAAUUCUCAAUCCGUCUUGCUACCAUUUCAGCCGUAUAAACUUGUAUAUGCCCAUAUGCUGGCUGAAGUGGGAAAAGUUUCAGAAUCUUUGAAGUAUUGUCAAGCAAUAACAAAAUCUCUGAAAAAUGGCCGAGCACCAGAAGUGGAGACAUGGAAACAAUUGGUUUCAUCACUGGAGGAGCGAGUUAGGACUCAUCAGCAGGGAGGAUUCGGUAUUAACUUGGCUCCAGGAAAACUUGUUAGUAAAUUCCUCCCAUUUAUUGAUAGAUCUAUUCACCGAAUGAUUGGACCACCACCACCAUCGGCCUCGUCGACUAAAAGUAAUGACCAGGAUAACCGUCCACCAAUACCCCGUGUACCAGCUAGUCAAUCGACAAUGGCCAUGUCAUCUUUAAUGCCUUCGGCCUCAGUGGAAACCAUUAGUGAAUGGGCAGGUGAUAGUAAUAGGAGGAGUAUGCCCAAUAGGAGCGUUUCAGAGCCGGAUUUUGGUAGACAGGCUAAUUCAUCGAAGGGUGGAGCUUCUGCUGAUGGACAAAGCAAAGCAUCAGGUGCAGGUGGGUCAUCUCGCUUUGGUCUUUUGGGGUCAACAAUUUUCCAAAAGACCAUAGGGUGGGUCGGAAGAUCUAGGUCAGAUAAACAGGCGAAGUUGGGUGAAUCGAAUAAAUUUUACUAUGACGAGAAACUCAAGAGAUGGGUAGAGGAAGGUGCUAACGUUACUGCUGAGGAAUCAGCGCCACCUCCACCUCCAACAAAUGCAGUUUUUCAGAAUGGAACAACAGAUUACAACAUGCAGCAUGCAUUUAGAAAUGACAGUCCUCCUGCUAAUAAUGGAGUUGCUGAAAGCAGAAGCCCAACUCAUUCAGAACGAAGUUCAGGGAUACCUCCAAUUCCAUCGAGCUCUAACCAGUUCUCUUCCCGUGGCCGAAUGGGUGUUAGAUCAAGGUACGUUGAUACCUUCAAUAAAGGUGGCGGGGUCUCAGCAAACUUAUUCCAGUCCCCUCCUGCUCCAGUUGCAAAUCCAAUUGGCACUAGCAAUGCAAAGUUUUUUGUUCCUGCUCCGGCUCCUGCACCUACACCGUCAUCAUCUGGGGAACAAUCAAUAGCGGCAACAGGUGAAAUUAUGCAAGAAAGUACUGGCCCUAGUGAAGAUAUCUCAUCCGUGAUGACUAAUGAUUCAUUUUAUUCAUCUCAACAACCACCACCACCAUCACCAUCAUCAUCAUCACCAUCCAUGCAGCGUUUCGCAAGCAUGAGCAACAUCCCCACUGCGAGCAGAAUAGCUGGUAAUGGUAAUUCCACUGCUCAAUCUCGUUCGCGGAGAACAGCGUCAUGGAGUGGAAGCAUUAAUGAUGCAAAUAGCUCUUCUCCGUAUACAAAUGGAUCGAGACCUUUAGGAGAGGUUUUAGGGUAUUCGCCAACAUCUUCGAUUCCCAAUGAUCCUUCAUCCAUUCAUCUGACGAGGAAUGGUUCAAGUUUUGGGUCAGACCUCCAAGAGGUAGAGCUCUGAAUCGAAGUGGCUCGAGGAAUCAACACUUUGCUUCUCAUGAGGGUCAUUGGUCCAGGUCAGCUCUUUCCCCUGAUUUCUCGGCCUCUCUAUCCAAGAAAAAGAAUGGGUUUCAUGAGUUUCAGAAUAUUAUGGUUUUGUACGGGGAAUCUAGAACGAGAAGAUAAAGCUAUUAGGUGAAAUGCACAUAGAGUUCAAAACAAGGACAACAGUUUCCUGUAUUCUAAGACCUGGGUUUGGAUAUAACUCUUCCAUGGUCUGAAAUGCUAGAUAGUUUGGGACAUGGUGUCCUUUUUUCACCAAUACAAAACACACAACAUCCAUGGGCACCAUUUGUACAGUUCAUUUGUUGAUUUAUUUGGUUGAAUGAGGGAGAGAUGGUAAAACUAGCAUAGCGUAAGAAAAGAAACAACCCCCUUCUUCAAGUUUUCAGCAGGGCUAAAAAAAAGUAAGCUUACGAAAAAUAAGAUUUCUCUUCCGUUCUUUUGUAUGGCUUUCUGAAGUAUCUUUAUUUAUACAUACAAGACGACCUGUACUGGAAUGCCGAAAUUUUGUAUUUGCUGUUCUUUUUUCUUUUUUACAGGUGGAAUUCUGUUAACUCAACUAGUGGUGAAAUUGGCUCUUAUCAUAUGAGAACUUUUCACAACUCUAAUUUUCAUUUUGAUGCUUCCUCCUUGGCCUUUUAAAUAUAUAUUCUUUUAUAUAUUUUUUUUUGAAGCA